CAGCCUCACGGUAAGUAGUGUCUCUUGCACGACCGAACAACAAAUUCGCGCCGCUCAAAAUUCCGGUUCAGACUUCAGUCCUCCUCGUUCACGCUCGUUCCAAAGCCAAACACAAGCUUCUUUAGUCUGGAUCUGGAGCUUAACAUAUAAAUUGUUCGCAGAUUUUCCGACUCUUUCUCUCCCGAGAAUCUUCAAUUCCAUUACGGGCUAGGGUUUCGAUCUUUCUCUUGAAAUCCAAUUUCACGCUCCUGUACCUAAUCCUCAAUUAGGGUUGGGGGUUUUAGAGUUAAUAAAUAUGUAUGCUGAUCGGGUAGAAUCUGGAGGCAGGAGAUCAAUAAAAGAUCGUCUCAAUGGAAAUUCCUUGGACAACUCCACUCGCCGGCGCCCCAUCACCGGAAAGAGGCAGAGGCAAGAUGACAAGUGGGAACAUGAUCUUUAUGAUGAUGAACCUCACAUUUCAAAUCGCAAAGUUGGCGCUCGAGAUCUUCGUCAGAAGCUCCAGAGGAAAGCUUCAGGUGUAAUGGAUUUGCGUGAAAAGCUAUCAGAUACAAUGAAUCUGCAACCACAGAGUGCCGGUUCACGAAAACAAAAAAUGGAGGCUGCUAAACCAGCUAGGAAAAGUGUUGCUUCUGAGGCUGCUGAACUGGAGAUUAAAAAAGUUGCAAAUCUGGCUACUAAAAAGAAGCCUCAGCAAAAGGCUGAAAUAUCGUUGGAUCAGUUUUUGCUGUCAUUGGAUCUCGAAAAAUAUUCAAUUACUUUUCAGGCCGAAGAAGUUGACAUGACAACCCUUGUACACAUGACUGAUGAGGACCUCAAGGCUUUAGGGAUACCAAUGGGCCCAAGGAAGAAGAUACUUCUAGCACUGGAAUCUAGAGCCUGAUAUGUAGGAAUUUGGUGGUGUGGGGUUGUUUUACCAAUAUGCGGGGGGGUUGCAGGUUCCUUAAUUGGUUUGAAGAUCCUCAAAUUUAUUUUGCCUGCAGCUGGGUUGGGCUAACCUCCACAUUAACCUAGUUUUUUUUUUAUUUUAUUUUUUGUAUUGAUUUCCCUUUGUUCGUUUCUGUAGCUUGAAUCUAUUUAUUUAUCUGAAAGCAAUGUAAAAUGUGUGUUUGAGGAAGAGGAACUCACUCCUACCCUUGAAGGGCUUUUUUAAUCAUGGGAAACUAUGAAAUUUUCUAAUCCAUAGCUUACAAUAGAUAUAAGAGCUGCGGAAAGAAACUUGAUUA